CAACGCUUUCCUCAGUGCAUGAGUUGCGGCCGAGCCGAUUCGGUCUUACGGUUCCUUUUAAAAUGGCGACUACAGAUGAUAAACAGGCGCAAAUUGAUGGUAAAUCUAUGCAAAUUGAUCAGAAAGUGCAAGCUCUUGCCAUUGACAGUGACAGGAAAAUUGAGCACGAAGAGAAAUUUUGUAGAAAUAUAUCAGACUUUUGCGAUGUGACUGGUGGUCAUGAUAGUGAUGUUGAUGAUUUAAGAAAUCCAUCGGAAGCCCCAAGUGAAGAGAUAGGCGAAAGAAACGGAUGUCUUUUGGUACCGUCUUGCCCCUUCUCCGAAGUGUCUAACGGAGAGGCUACAUCGUGGAAGGAUGGAAGCGAUUUUUGUCCAAGCGUUUCUCCAAGUCCAGGUCCCGAAACGGACCAAUCUUUCACUUUUGGUGACAUGGCAGCGCUUGGUGGGGCCACUGAAGAGCUUUCAGCAGCUUUACAAGCCGAAAAAGAAUUUUUAGACUUCAUGUGUUCUCUGCCGCAGGUCCAAGAGAACACUACCCAUUUGAGGGAAGAGUUCCAACGCCCUGCACCUCGAGAAGAAGUUAGCAGCUUAGACCACCUGGGACAUUUAUGUCGAGUAGUUGAGCAACUCGCUCAACUUAAAGAGCAGAAUGUCCGGCUACAGAAGCGUGUACAGUAUCUGGAGGACCUCAGAAUCUUGCAUAAAAUGCACCGCCAAGUUACGGAAACUCUGGCUCUAGAGCAAGAUCUUGAAGAAAAUGAAACUACAGAAACGACCAAUCAAGUUCUGACUCCUACAGUAGAUUGCAUCAAGCAAGUUGGCAAUGCCGUGGAGGCCUCAGACUCCCAGCCCUUGGGGUUUAUAUCUUCCCCAACCCCACACACCAAUCCCCACUUCCGCCCCUCGUUGCCUGCUCGGGCGGCGCCCCAGCACAUCCCCGACGAGCGGGGAGGCCGGAGACGAGGAACAGUUGGGGACACGAGCGCUGCCGUCGUCACGGAGGCGCACAAGGAAAAGAAAGGACAUCGCUCAGCGUGGGGGAAAGUCAAGCACAUCAUCAUCAACACUCGCAAAGAUACAAAAAAGUCGACCUCGUCCCGCUUGGGCCACAGCAAAAGCGCAGCCCUCGUCACAACCGUCCCCACCUCGAGCUACGUCCCCUUCAGAGGGGAAGACCAACCCCCCACCAGGCGCCUUGAGGAUCCUCGUUUUGAAGGCCAUGAUGUCUUCCCCAGAACAGGCACCUGCGAGGGGAGCUUCAUGUCUUCUGAUACUGAGGAUUGUGAAUACGACCCAGACGACGUUAUUGACCCAGACGGGGAUUUAGGCGGCAUUUGGAUGGGUCCAAAGGAGCCCGUAACGAGAAAAACAGAUUUGCGUGAACUGUUACCACCAUCGAGUGUCCCAAACGUUGCAGCGGGCACCCCACCUUGCGAAAUCUCGACAAAAACACCUCUCUUCCUACCUUCUUUUUCCCCAUCCACAACAUCAUCCUUAUCUCCAAGCACGCCACCCUCGUCUUCCGUUACUUCUCACGGAAUGGCAUCAUCCACAACUUCUUCGCCCGCUGGAGCAUCGCCACCCCAGCUUCCCCAAUCGCCUGGAAUUACCGAACCCACUGAACCUCAUCAGUUUGGCGCGUUAGAAGUUCCCGCAGUGCGAUCACCUGAAGGAGUGUUAUCGAAAGAAGAAAGGUUCAGGCCACAACUCACAAUCACUGUUCCUUCUAAUGAGGAUCUUCGCAGCGUUAAGCAGACAUCUAACUGGGACAAAGUGAAGCAGGCGUUCCUAGCUCCUGCAGCAGCAGGACUGACGAGGACGGUUUCUGUGGAGUGCGCAGAAGGAGGAUUCUCUCCCAGUAAGAAAGUAGGAGCAGGGAACCGAGCAGACAAAUGUCCCAGAGCAGAUGGAGGGACAUCCUUAGAAGUGGGGUCCUCUGGAGGCUCCUUACCUCCUACGCCAAACACUCGCGGAUCCUUCACCUUUGACGUGAGCGACCAGUCAGGAGCCAGCGUGUCGCCUGACCUGGACAGCCUCCGUCCCGCCUGCGGACGUUCGUCUGAACUAGACACAUCACACUCGCCUGGGUCUCCCGGGGGCGCAGGACGAGGCUUUUCUUCCCCAGUUGGUGAUGGAGGCUCAUGGGGGUCUGUCUUAGUACCUGGGGCGGCACAGACAAUCAUCUCCGCAGGCGGUGCGGUUGGCCGUAACCUAGCAGACCUGCAGAAGGCGCUGUCGGGGGAGUUCAGCAAGAAGCUGCUGGAAUGGGAGCGUUUGAAGGGGCAGCAAUGGCUGUAUGGAGCUCCUGCAGCAGGUGUAGGUCCAACAAAGGGCACGAGUGGGGCUACCAAUUUUCAGGAGACCGUGUGGGGAGGAGGACAACCCGCUUUGGAUGGAAAUCUACCACAUGAAUUCCGUAAAAAGCUCCAAGAGUGGCAGAAAAUCAAGGAAAAGGAGAAGCUGCACGGCGGGUGUAUCGGGAUGAUACCGCCCACUUCUCCAGGUCAUUCCCCCACCACGCAGCACACUCCCCCCGCGGACGACGUUAAGACCCGACGUCACGAAGAAGGGAGUCUGCCCCCAGAGUUCAGGAAGCGCCUGACCGAGUGGGAGAUCGGCAAGGUCCUGGCGGGCAAAAGCCGUCAGAACGUCGAGGAGCUUCAGAAGAAUCUGGGGGAGGAGUUUAAUAGGAAGCUGGCGCAGUGGGAGAAGAUGAAGGCCGGAGGAUUAGUUGAUCCCCCUGCAGCCUCAGGGGACGCAGUUGCUUCUGCCGGGGGCUUGGAAAGAAAAAAUUCUGCUCAUAAAGUCAAGAAAAAUAAAAGCAAACCUGAUAAAACACCCACUAAUAAAUCUGAAGCGUCGAAGAAUCGAGACAAAGAAGUGCAGUGGCUGGAGCGUGAGCUGAGCAAAAUUGAGCGUGAGAAGCAGCGAUUAGAGCGAGAAAAAUCUAAAUACAUGGAGCGAGAAGCUCGACUGGAGAGCAUGUGGCAGGCGUACCGUCAGGGGCAGGCGCAGAAGAAGGAGGUCUUCAUCAAGACAUCAACAGGGGAGUUCCGCUUCGAGGGCAUCAACACGACGUUCACGAAGCGCCUCUACGAGUGGGAGGAACGGCGGGGCAUUCGUCCCGAGUCCUCGACCAUAGCGCUGCUGGCUCCUCAACCUGCUGGGAACGUGGCUGUUCAGACACAAGAAAGAUUCACCAGCAGCAGCCCUAUCCCGCCUUCUGGCAACAGCCCUCCAAGAGCUCCUGAAGUGCCUCGGAUGCUGCGCUGCAAGUCGGAAUCGUCAAUAGCCGAGCUCGCAGCGAACAGCGGCGUUGGUUUACCGACGUCUCCUGCGCUGCCGUCAGCAGAUGAUGCGUCCAUUAAACUCGAAGACGCAACCAAUAUCACAGAUCACAGCAAAGCAUCAUCCGAACCAAUCCUAUCAGCGGAAGAUGCAGACCCCGUCAAGUUUCAGACCUCAAUCCUUCCCUCUUUGCUGUCCCCGGUGUCGGCGAAAGGGAGCUCCAUUUUACCGCCGUUCGAACGCACUGACGACGAAGGCAACGGCGAAAAAAUCCUCCAGCAGCUCAGUGAGGCUAAGCAGGUCACUGGUGAGGGUUUACUGGACAAGAUUUUCCUAUCCCCAAAUGUCAUUCAUAAGAAUUUUCCAGCUAAUUGGGAUACAGAAGCUGCCGCCAAAACUGAGAGCUUGUUAUCCAGUCACUUAGUGAGUGCGGGCGGCUUUUUGAUGAGUCCAGAACUAAGCUCCAAGCCAACGACGAAAACUCGUAGAAGAAGUUCUGUAAGUCGACAGUCCAGCGCCAGAAGUUUGGCUUCUUUGAAGGCCACGUACGCUCCGAAGGAAAUAACACGACUCAUCGACUCAUCAGACAGUGAGUUAGAAGGCCAGGAGCUCUUGGACCCAGAAGUUGGCGGCGCACUUCGUCCUCCGCGUCUCGCGAGAGCUGCUGAUUCGCUCAAAAGUGACUCCUCCUACCAUGAUCUGCUGCAGGAGAAUAUGCAUCUCCUCGAGCAGCUGAGAACCCAGGAGGUAGUGUGUCGAGCUCUGCAGACGCAGAUGGGUGACAUCGACUGCAAUUUGGACAGCGUCACUGACCAGCACAUCAAGACAUUAGAGAAGCUGCACGAGCAAGUGACCAUCAUGAAAGACUCCGUUGCAGCGACAGAGUCUGCCACCGAAGACCUGGCAGAUUCCGAGUCGUUGGAGCUCUCUCAGUUCCUUAAACUUCCCGAGGAGAGUCGGCAGCAAACGACAGACAGAAUGUCUGAAGAAUUGAUAGUAGGGGCAAUUUUCAGCAACGAUAAAGAACUGGGCGACGUUGAAGGAGCUGCUGGGCUCGAUGAGAGUGUUAUCGAGAUUUAUGAUUUCGCGGACCCAGAAACAUCCAAGGAAGAUUAUUGCGUGAAAAGAGACGAGAAUUUGUUACAUCCGGAUCGAGAUUAUGAAAACCAGUUACUUAUUCAAGAGUUACGCCAGAGAAUUGUUGAAUUAGAAAUGAGGGGAGAAAGUCUUCUGAAAGAUAAGGAAAAACUUGAGGCGUCAUUCCAGUUACACAAAGAACGCGAAGCAAAAUUGGCGCAGUCCCUGCUGCUGCGAAUGCGCGACCUCCACGUCGCAGAAGCUGAUUUGCAGUCAUCAGCUUCUGCUCCUGAGCUGCCGCUUGAUCUAAGUUCCAGGCUUCUCUUGUGCGAGAAAGAAUGUUGUUCUGUUCCAGGAAGCAGUGAAUGCCGAGCCAGCUACUCCUCGUUGAGAGAAUCGAAACGCAACCUGCUACCCGAAAGUUCUUUUCUUCAAACUCAAAGUUUCGACGACUCCUCAGCUGCAAUAAAAAGGAAGAACAGAUCCUUCAAACGCCAACGAAGAGUUUGCGAAGAAGAACCCAAUGGUCAGCCGACCAGAGCCCCCAAAAUAGUUGGAGUUGAACUAAAAUCUGACAACGCUUCACUGAUCAAGUCACCUCUCCAUUCACCAACAACUGAAGGACCGCACGCGUUACAAGCGACAGGUCGAAUUAUUUCAAACGCUGGUCCAGUCCUUACCACAGAAGAUAAGAAACCUAAUUACAAACCUACUCAAAAAAUACCAAUGACGAGUUCAGUCUCCGAGUCUGUUCCCCCAUACGAAAAAUUCGAGUCAGUGAAGAAAAAGUCGAAAAUUUGUAAUCAAGCAGAAAAAAGAACGGCGGAGAGAAAAGUCAGUUCCAUUGAUCGGAAACGACGUUCAAGACCAAAAGCAGAUGAAUCUGCAGACGAGGACGAUGAGGAGUAUGACACCAAGAAAUAUGUUAGGAAGAAGAAGAAGACUCCGACGAAGCGAGUACUGAAGUUGCACAGCUUGACGGCGGACCUAUUGUUUCAGGCUAAGAGACUGGAACAGGCAUUGGUGUCGAAACAGCAGUUAGCAAGGGAUGCGAACACUCCCAGCGCACAGAACUACCACAACCCUGAGGCUCUCAAAGAAGUUCCUGAUCCUCAAAGAGUAGGCCUCAAAGGCCACGGCUCUUUGCGAGUGGUUGGGGAAGCACCUCCUCGAUACGUAACACGCCACCUCCCUAAGGUGCCAGGGCAGACCCGUACUUGGUCUUCUAUUGAGACCAUUGCCUCGCCCAGCGAGGCCACAUCAUUUACGAUGAGUGCAGAGGGAGACAUCCAGGCAAUGACACGAAGAGAAAGCCAGACAGAUUUACUGGAACUAAACGCAGAGAUCAGCAGAAUGGCUAAGGAACUCAGGCAGCAGAUGAUGGAUUUGUGGACAUUCAGAGAGUCCACUUCGCCCGAGUCCAUGUCGUCCGAUUUGGAGGAAAUUCAUCACUUGGAAAAAAUGUCAUCUAUCGAAAGUAAUAGCGAGUCCCGUCGACAGCUGUUCAUUGAAGCCCAAGAAGUAUUCAAUAGCAUAGCAUCGCUUGGCAGAAGUCCAGAAACCAUGACUCCUCGCUCUCCCUCGCCGGUUGAGUCUAAACCCCCACGUCAACAAGGCAAAAAUUUGGUCAAGAGUCGUUCAUCUGAACAAUUUCUGAGACAUUUAUUUCCAUUUGACUCAUGUUCAGAAUCAUCUGCACCGAAGUCAUCCGCUCACACGUCAUCCCAUUUUCAACAUUCACAUUCUUUCCCUUCUUCUCCGUUGCUGCGAUCAUAUCACAGAUCAGAUAUAAUUGAUGAGCAAAAACAUGACCAUGCACGGCAGCAAGACUCCCCGAUACACCUCACACAGUUUACCACGCCUCAGAAGAAUAGUUUACUCCAAAUACUUCCUUCUGAUCCACCUGAAUUUCAUAAAGAUUUUGCCCCAGAAUCGCUUGAAUUUCGAGAAAAUCCGUGCAAAGUAUCAUUUUAUCUCGACUCGGAUUACAACGACGUAGCUCUUCAUUCUCCCAUAAAAUCAAAUGCUGCUUCUAGCUCUCAUUCUCCCAUUCUAAAAACGUUGCCAACGAGUCAUAAGAAGAUUAAAAAGUCGGAUAGUAGCGAAGAAUCGCCAAAACUGGAAAUGUUGGCAGACCAAAGUCCUCCCGUCACCGAGAUUCUUCAUCGGCCGAUAGCAGAGCCUUCAAUAGAAACAAAAUCUUCGAAAACGGUGGAUUUGUCGACGCCUCCUGAUCCAGGAAGAAACGGUUGUUCAACGUCAAUGGCCGUUGACCAAAAACACAACAAUCAACGUGAUUCAUCAAACGAUGUAAUAACCGUGGGCGCCGAUGCAAAAAGAAGCCAAAUUCGAAAACGGCUUUCGUCAGGUGGUCAUCUGGAUUUGGCUAGUGAGAAUCAUCUUCAUGGUCAAAACGAGUGGCUGAACAACUCUCAUUCGAUUAGAGAUACAGAUAAAGAACAUGACAUUGCGCUAUUCCAAAGCAUACCGGUUUCUCAGCAUCCUGACGCAGCAUCAGCGAGUGGUGACUUUAAAACACGAAAUUUGCCUGACUUGGAACAGCUCCUUCCUAAGGGCCACGAAACGACUUUUGCCGAUCUAGUUCGAGUUCACGACGAACUUUAUCGAAUCGAACAAGAAAGAGAGCGGUCAGAGACCGCGUCAAAUAGGCGCAAUACAUUAAGAAAACAAUCAUCAAGCCAUCAACAAAAGCACAAAGAUCACCUACGUGAGGCUUAUGAGAACAGUCAGAUGAGAAUACAAGCAAGUAUAGAGCCAAUUCAGCUAAUGCAAGUCGAACAUCAAGGAAUACAUUCGACGGAGCAAAAUACACAUUCCACACCAAGCAACCAGAAGACGAGAGUAGAUGCCCCAGAAAAACCUAAUUUUGUAACGCAACAAAUUUUACACUUGCAGUCAUCUGAAAUACCACACAUAUUACCUGAUCGGACGAAUGUUAUCGCAACGAAACAGAAAGAGAAGUUUGAAGUCCAUAAUGUCCAAGAAGAAAAUCCAAUGGAUGAAUCUGGCCGAAGGCUGUCCGCUUCAAGAUCUUCAGCUGAUGACAAGAAGGUCUACGGGGCUCACCUGAGUGGUUCAGUUUGUUCGCAACCUCUAGAGGCUGAAUGCAAACAAAAUUCUCAGCUUGGCUACCCUGGCGAAGAUUCGUCUUUAGAAAGAAAUUCCAAAUUUAGCACCUUGAAAAGCACUGCAUCCAGUAAAUCUUUUGAGCAAGCCCUCUCAACCAGCUUUGAAUGGGAGCUUGGAACAGAAACUUUCAACUCCGCUGCUUCAUCCAGGCAGACAAACUCUCCACUUUCCUCUCGACUUGUCAAUACGUCAUCCCAACAACCAAACUUUGCCACAGAGAACAGAAUAUCUUUUUCACAGGCCAACGAAUCCUCCCGCAUUGUUUCGUCGGCGCUGGAUGAAAGAAACGUUCAAUCUCUGAGAGUAGAAAAGAAGUUUCAGUAUUGCGCACUGAACGAUGCAAGUGGGCGGGGCGCGAGGACCGAAAACAGCGUCUUCGAGACAGAAGUCACCCGCGAGCACAACCUCACCCCGCAGGGAAGGCUCAGGGCUCGACGCGUGUCCGACUCCCAGGUUGAAUAUCAUGGAGGGGGUGACAUUGAAUUAAAGCGGAAGGUAUCCAUUCGCGUGGCCACAAACGUUUUCGUCCCUACAAAACGUACAAUUUUCACACCUGCCUCCAAAGAUCUAGCAACACCAACCUUUCUGCCAUCAUCAACGGACGAACCUUCACUUUUGCGCCAAACUGGCCAAUCUGCUAGCACUAAUGAAGAUCCACAUACCAAUGAAAAUACGAAUAUGAUCCAGAGAAGUCGUAAUUUCACGUUUUACCAACAACCAAUGAAAAACGAAUCUAAACCGAAAGUUUUGCAGCAAUUUGAAAAUGUGGGAUCACGAUCGCCGAUAUCUGGAGGUAUGAGUGCUCCAGUAGAAUCUAAAAGAAGAGUUUUGGAAGCAGCUAGCAAGACUGGAGGUGAAACUUCCCCAACGGUGAAAGGUAUGAUAGAGCUAUACAAUCGUAGAAUAACUGAGCGACAAAGCAUGUUGACGAGUCCAUCUAAGUAUUGGAUAUCUGAUGGCUUAAAUGCUAGUAACGUACGUGAUAUGCGACAACUAGGAACAUCAUCGGCAGAAAGCACUUUACGUGGUACCGGCUUCAAAUCUUGUGGAGAGCGAUUCGAGUUUAGCGGAACCCCCUCGCCUGUUCUCCAGCGAGGUAAGUUACAAUUCCCUCCACAAUUGUAUCCACGCUCCAGCCCUGGAUUGUCAUCUGACGGGACCUCUGCAAUUGAGUCGUCAUUUGAAAUAUCUGCCGAUGAAAUGGAACCCACUCCUAGAGCAGUUAAGUUGAAACAGGCAAAAGAGGAGUUUUUCUCUCGACGAAUUGAGCAAAGUGAUGGAGAUGCACGAGGGCGGAGUAGUUCUGAUUCCAAAGCUAUCGAGCCGGCAGUUGCACCAUGUAGUUUUUCGAAAACUCCAUCAAAUAUGGUUAAUCGCUCAACAGACACAAGAGAUAAGCCCUUGAAGAAAGAAUUCAUUAGGUUGCAUACUGAUCAACCAACCAAAGAUACCGAAGAACGAGCGAAAUUCGGAGCAGUCCAGAAAUCAUCGUCUUCUCAGAAUGUUGAUCAGCGUCUGCCUUUACCUAUAAGACUGUCAUCGACCGAAUCUUCUCUAUAUUCAAAGUCGCCAAAACGAAUAUUGAAAUUUUUUAAACGUUCCAAAGAUAAGAAUAAGAAAGAAAUGCGAUCAGUGCAGCAACUCUGUCGACUAAGUUUAGAGGUUGCCAUCAAUGAGAUUCCUGAACAAGGUCACACUCGAGCAUCGUCUCUCGGUGCCAGUGCAACCGUGGGUAUAGUAAAUACUUCCCCAUCGGGAGGUACUGAAGCAAAUCCUCUUCAGGACCCAGAAGGUGUGUGUAGUAACACACUCCCCAGGCCUACCUGCGGUUCGCAAAGUUCUUCAAGCGCCAUGUCAUGUCCAUCGUCUCCUGUGACUCCCGGCAAGAACAAACCCUUUGGUUGGCUUGCUCGAGGAAAGGAGUUCCUAAAAGGCAGAUCUCCUUCGCCUGGCAAGCACAAGCCCCCUUAAUGUUAGGGCCGAUUUCUUUAAUAUCGGCGUCUAUCUUUGACUAUAAAUUAAGGGAAAUUAAAAAGAAAAGUUUUAAUGCGGGUAUAAAUGUUUUUUGUGUAAAUUUUAAUUUUAGUAAAUUUUAUGGGAAUUGUAUGUAGAAUUGUUUCACUCAGACUACCAUAUCUUGGUAUGGAUUCGAUUGAGGAAAUUUCUAUUCCGAAAUGUUUUUCAAAACCAUCGAAUUUUUUUU